CCNCGGCGGGGCGCACGGGGACUGCGCGACACGGCGCGAUGGAGUCGAGUGGAGGCCGCGCGGAGAGCUCGGGCCGCGGCCCGCGGGUGCUGGUGGUGGGCAGCGGCAUCGCGGGACUGGGCGCCGCGCAGAGGCUUUGCCGCCACCCGGCCUUCCCGCAGCUGCGGGUCCUGGAGGCCACUGGCCGCGCAGGCGGCCGCAUCCGCUCGGAGCGCGGCUUCGGUGGUGUGGUAGAACUAGGUGCUCACUGGAUCCAUGGGCCCUCACAGAGCAACCCGGUCUUUCAGCUGGCUGCCAGGUACCAGCUGCUGGGGGAGAAGGACUUGUCAGAGGAGAACCAGCAGAUCGACACUGGGGGUCAUGUGGGCCUGCCCUCCGUGUCCUACGGCAGCUCCGGGGUAAGUGUGAGCCAUGAGCUGGUGGUGGAGAUGGCGAGUCUUUUCUACAGUCUCAUAGACCAGACUCGGGAGUUCCUGCACACAGCCGACGCCCCAGUGCCCAGCGUUGGGGAGUACCUCAAGAAGGAGAUCCGUCGGUGCGCGGCUGGCUGGAUGGGGGAUGAGCCGACCAGGAAGCUCAAGCUGGCCAUCCUCAACAGCUUCUUCAACGUGGAGUGCUGUGUCAGCGGCACCCACAGCAUGGACCUGGUGGCCCUCGCACCCUUCGGGGAGUACACCGUGCUGCCCGGGCUGGACUGCACCUUUCCUGGGGGCUACCAGGGGCUCACAAACUGCAUAAUGGCCUCCUUGCCAGAGGGUGUGAUCGUUUUUAACAAGCCCGUGAAGACCAUUCACUGGAAUGGGUCCUUCCAGGAAGCCUUGUCUCCUGGGGAAACGUUUCCAGUGUUGGUGGAGUGUGAGGACGGGGCCUGCUUCCCUGCACAUCACGUCAUCAUCACCGUGCCCUUAGGUUUUCUUAAAGAACAUCUGGACACCUUCUUUGAACCACCACUUCCCACUGAGAAGGCAGAAGCGAUCAGGAAAAUAGGCUUUGGGACCAACAAUAAAAUCUUCCUGGAGUUCGAGGAGCCCUUCUGGGAGCCAGACUGCCAGUACAUCCAGGUGGUGUGGGAGGACGCAUCGCCCCUGGAGGACGUCGCCUCUGAGCUGCGGCACGUCUGGUUCAAGAAGCUCAUUGGCUUUUUGGUCCUGCCCUCCUCUGAGUCGGUCCACGUCCUCUGUGGGUUCAUUGCUGGGCUGGAGUCCGAGUUUAUGGAGACUCUGUCCGACGAGGAAGUGCUUCUGUCUCUAACCCAAGUGCUUCGCAGGGUGACAGGAAACGCCAGGCUCCCCGCGCCCAGGAGCGUGCUACGCUCCCGCUGGCACAGCGCCCCGUACACCAGGGGCUCCUACAGCUACGUGGCCGUGGGCAGCACUGGGGACGACAUUGACCUGCUGGCGCAGCCCCUGCCCGCGGACGGCGCAGAGGCGCAGUUUUAGGCAUCCCUGAUUGACUCUCCCUUUGGCAGAUAAGGUUCUAGUUCUCUUCCACCCCUCUGCCCACCAGCACUUAGCUCUGCCCCCAGCUCCCCACGUGUGAUGCAUACUUCUGGUAAGAGCACUACUGGGUGUCUCCAUCAUCUGUUUUGCUCCAGGCCCCGUCCCCAUCUGGCCUGUAAGGACACUGGGGUUCCUUUCCUGCCUGUUUGUACAUGUGAGUGUGCGUCUGCAAGUCUGUGGGCAGGUGUGUGCAGGUGUAGCACGUGCAAGUGAGUGUGACUGAGUGCAUGUGUGAGAGAGCGCAGGGCUCCAUUUUCUGUGCACGUCAUUGCCUGGACUCUUAACUCUUUCCAUCAUCACUUCCUUCCCACGCCCCAGCGUCAGCCCGAGUCAGCUCCCUGUGUGCAGCCCUUGCCUGUCCGGUGCCCCACGCCCCUCCUGUCCUGCCUGCCCUGUGCACUUACUUUUUGGAGCAUUUAUUCCAGUAGCUUCCUGACGAGGGGGUGCAGGGGAGGUAAAUUUUUAGAGAAAGUUUACAUGUAUGAAAAUAUCCUUUUUCUGCCCUAAGACUUUAGGUGUUCCAGUCCUGUCACUAUGUAACAAGCCACCCUGAAACCCAGUGGUGGGAACAACCACUUUAUUAUGCUGAUGGUUCUGUAGGUGGGCACAAGGGACCGUCUGUUUGUGGCCAUGAUGUCUGGGGUCUCAGCAGGGAAGACUUGACCUGUGCCGGGGUCACUCAGGACUGGGGUGAGGGUCAUCGGAGGCUGCUUGUCUUGCACAGCUGCCCUGGGCUGGGACACUGAUGGGAGCACCUGCUCGUGGCCUGUGUGUGUCUCAGGCUUCCUCACAGCACGGCUGCUGCUGCCACAUGGCGGCCCAGGGCUCCAGCACAGACGUUCAGUGGAGAAGGCAGCUGCGUCGCCUCUCGUGGCCCAGCUAGGACGUCAGAAGGUGCCACUCUGCCAUACUCCACUGCACAGUGGUCACAAGCCUGCCCAGAUUCAAGGGCAGGACACAGAUACGGGAGGGAGUCUCCAAGAACUGGUAACCCUGUAAGAGCCACACGCUGGGUGUAAAUCCUAGUUGGAGAGGCACGUCCCUCAGCGUUUGGAAGACGUUCUUCAGUGCUGCUCUUGGGAAGUCCAGAGCCAUUCGGCUUCCUUUCUUUCCUACCUCAUAGGAGGCUUGGAAAUAUCUCAGCUCUCUGUUCUUUUGCCUCCUCCUUUUCCUUCUUUUGUGGGAUUUUUUUUUUUUUAAAGAUUUUAUUUAUCUAUUCAUUCGACAGAGAUAGAGA